AUGCUCCUCUUUAUUUGGAUUACUGCAAUUUUGGCUCAGAACUGUGAAGGAGACGAUUGUGAGGACAAAGUCGAGCAAGACCACACAUACAUGACUUAUGGAAGCACUUUUAAACUCCGUCACAUGAUGUCGGGGACAAGACUCCAUUCUCUUCAAGUCACUUAUGGAAUGGGAUCGGGCCAACAAGCCGUCACCGCCAUUCAAGACCUCGACGACACAGGAAGUCUUUGGAUCAUCAAGUGUGCAGACAAAAAGUGCAAAUCUGGACAACCAGUUAAAGAGGGUGAUGUCAUUGUGAUGACGCAUCUAUUGACAAAGAAGAAUAUUCACAGUCACCACCAACUCUCCGAAAUCACAAGACAACAAGAGGUGAGUGCGUUUGGUAACGAUGGUGUUGGGGAUGGAGGAGAUUAUUGGAUUGUAGAGCCCGAGAAGAGUGGCUUUUGGCUUCUGAACGGGUUCAUUCGAUUGAAGCACAA